AUGUCCUCCAAGAUUUCCAAGCCUGAGGGCCAGACCCCCGACGAGUUUGAAGUGCAGGUUGCACAGGAGCUGUCUAACCUCGAGCAAUCUGCUGCUGAAAUCAAGAACGAUCUUAAGGACUUGUAUAUCACUGCUGCUAAGCAGGUAGACAUUUCGUCUGGCCGUAAGGCGAUUGUUAUCUUCGUACCUUUCCGCCUGCUCGCUUCAUUCAAGAAAAUUCAGGUUCGCCUUGUGCGCGAGCUAGAGAAGAAGUUUUCUGGCCGUCACGUAGUGAUAAUCGCCCAGCGCACUAUUCUGGGCAAAGGUUACUCGCGUGCUAACAAAGGUGCCGGACCCCGUCCUCGCUCGCGUACUCUCUCUUAUGUUCAGGAGCAAAUUCUCGAUGAUCUUGUUUUUCCUACCGAAAUUGUUGGCAAGCGCACGCGCUGCCGUCUUGACGGCUCCAAAUUGCUAAAAGUGCAGCUAGACCCUAAGGACCAGUGCAGGAAUAAGUUUGAGGUAAUUAAAAGUUUGUAG